AUGGCAAAGGAUCCUCAUCUAAAAGCGGUUCGACGGAUAUUGAGAUAUGUAAAGAGUACAAUUGACUAUGGUUUGUUGUACAAUAAAGGUGAAGACCAUAAGUUGGUUGGCUAUUGUGACAUAGAUUUUGCAGGGGAUCAUGACACUAGGAGAUUGACCAUUGGGUAUGUCUUUAGAAUUGGGUAUGGAGUAGAUUCGUGGUGUAGCAAGAGACAACCAACAGUGUCUUUGUCAACCACGGAAGCAGAUUAUAAAGCAGCAGCAAUGGCAGCAUCAAAAGAAUGCAUGGUUGGUAUAGUUGAUGAGUGA